CUUUGCGGUGCUGUCCUUGUUUUGAUGACGCAGACGCGCACGGCCGUGCUAUUUUGCGUUACCUCAGAGACGGCCAGUCAAUGGAGUCAAUCGGUCACGCCAAUGCGAUGAUAUUAGUGACAAACAAGGCCGUAGCCGAUGUAAAGAGGAUUUUACUUGAAAUAGUGCAUCGGUCGCAGAUAAAUGCUAGUUAGGCUGUCAUGACCGUGAAGCAAUAGUUUUAUGCUAAAUAACUGGCUCGUUUGCAGCUGACGCGCCGUGUCAACACAAAGGCCUAUGCAGCUAGUUAGCGUUAGUUCCUCAGCUAGCUAGCAAGUGGUUUAACGCCAACCUCAGCUGCAGCAAAUCAACAGGCGUGCCAUUUUAAUGUUUUAUCUGUAACGCAGUUAAUAUCCUCUACCAAGAAGACAGCAUUUGAGCAUUUUUUUUUUUAUUUUUUUGCCUCUUCACGGUAAUGGCGGAAGAGGGUACAGUGGUCAUGCAGCAGAAUUUGGACAGGAGCUGCUGGGUGUGCUUCGCCACAGACGAGGACGACCGCACGGCAGAGUGGGUGCGUCCGUGUCACUGCCGCGGCUCCACCAAGUGGGUUCACCAGGCCUGCCUACAGCGCUGGGUGGACGAAAAACAGCGGGGCAAUAGCACAGCACGCGUGGCCUGCCCACAAUGCAAUGCAGAAUACCUCAUUGUCUUUCCCAAACUGGGUCCCGUGGUCUACGUGCUUGACCUGGCCGACCGGCUCAUCUCCAAGGCUGGACCCUUUGCGGCUGCUGGCAUCAUGGUGGGCUCCAUCUACUGGACUGCUGUCACCUACGGAGCUGUCACUGUCAUGCAGGUGGUUGGCCAUAAGGAGGGCCUGGAUGUUAUGGAGCGGGCCGACCCUCUGUUCCUGCUCAUUGGCCUGCCCACCAUCCCUGUCAUGCUGAUCCUCGGCAAGAUGAUCCGCUGGGAAGACUAUGUCCUGCGGCUGUGGAGGAAGUAUUCUAACAAACUGCAGAUCCUCAACAGCAUUUUCCCAGGGAUUGGCUGCCCAGUUCCUCGCAUCCCCGCAGAGGCCAGCCCGCUGGCAGACCACGUGUCGGCCACACGGAUCCUGUGUGGCGCCCUGGUCUUCCCCACCAUCGCCACCAUCGUGGGGAAGCUCAUGUUCAGCAGCGUCAACUCCAACCUGCAGAGGACCAUCCUGGGGGGCAUUGCCUUCGUGGCCAUCAAGGGAGCGUUUAAGGUGUACUUCAAACAGCAGCAGUACCUGAGGCAAGCCCACCGCAAGAUCCUCAACUUCCCCGAGCAGGAGGAGGCCUGAGGAGGCGGCGCAGUCCGGAGGGAGGACGGCCGGACGGACGAACCCUACACACACACACACACACACACACACACACACACACACACACACACACACACCUCUGCUGAUGAGCUGGGGGGGUGGGGGGUGGGAGGAGAUGAACACGUCAGUCAGACCCUUAGCAGGAAGUGGUGGUGAAACAGACAUGGGAUCAGUGUCGCCCUCAUUUUCCUCCUCCUCCUCACCCCUCUCAACUCCUCUGGAGCUGACAUUCAAUGCAAGGAUCCUCACCACCGCAACUACACAUCAUUUUUAAUCUUCUGACGCUUUCGUUGAGUGAGGACUGAAGAGAACAUGUGGACACAGACCCGGAGCAUGUUUGCAGUUACACACACAAACACACACACACACACACAAACUAACACACACGGCAACUCUUUCCCAAGAGCUCGCGCAGGGUGGAUGUGUUUCACCAAUCACAUAACUAAUGCUUAUUGUAAACUUAACUGUAUUUUAAGGAAAAGAAAAAUGCGGGGCACGUGUAAUUAAGUUUUAUAAUAUUAAUAAAUGAUUGUUUUAUAAUGUUUGUUUUUUGCAGAUUUGAAAAGUCCCCUUUGCCAGUGUUAGGGGGUUUAUAUUGAAUGAGGAAUAAUGUUUAGUGUAUGGAAUGUAUAGAUGAUAAAACAAUAAAAUGUGUUUAUUUCAUGAUGCAGUACAUUAACCACAGCCAGGAGGAAAAUUUGUCGGGAGCGACGAGGUUUAAUCUUAAUGCUACACCUAUCGAAACUUAACACACAAAGUAGAGGGGUGGGUUUCAGACCCCGCAAUUAUUAUUUUUUUUCCUUUCACAUGCCUUGGCAGUGUUCCCAUCGUCUGUAGCUUCAUCUCCAUUUAAAAAAGAAAAACGCUCUUAUGUAGUGUGUUUUUAAAGCUCUGCCGCCCAUCACAGCGCUUCAGGUUUGUGCGAGCUCCCGCAGCCUGUUGCCAUGAGACCGUCUCUGCCAGCCGUGUGGAUGUUUUAAUCCGUUCAGCGCUUUCUGCAGCGACGGGAUGUCGGAAUGGAAAGCGUCGGGAAGACUCGCACAUGACAUUGGAUGCAGCACUCUUCACUGGGGGAUGUGGAACACUUGUGUUUGGACUUUUCCUGUCUGGGCUUUAUUUUAGAUCUUUUUUUUUUUUCUCUUUUCUUCCCCCUCUCCUCCAACAUGUGAUGAUCGGGCUGUUGUGUUGCGUGGGUGUGAAUUGGAGCUCAGGUCAGAGAGUGGUUGGUGCAGACUUAAGUGAAACUUGGACAGUGGCAGUUUAAGAUGAGUCAUGGGAGCUUCUGACACUUUGGCAGGAUUCUUGUGGAAAUUAAAAGGUCAGUUCACCCAAAUGACAAGCCAUAUUUUCCCUCACUCAAUACUGUUAUGUAGCCAUGCAGAUAGUUUGGGUUUUUUAAAUUCCUGGUUCCACCCCGACACUAGUGAUGAAU